CACUUUGCAAUUUCACAAGAGAAAAAAGCAGUAUGAAGACUAAAAUUUUCUUAUUUGGACUUGCGCUUGUUAUCGCAAUUAUCAUUCCGACUAAUGGAGGACCUAUUGCUGUUGCCGAAGCAAAUGCCGAGGCUAAUCCUGGAGCAGCUGCUGAAGCUAAUCCCGAAGCAACUGCCGAGGCUAAUCCCAAACCAAUUGCUAAGGCUUUUGCCGAAGCUAGUAAGUACAAGGAAGAGCUUAAAGAUGCAUGCACAAAUGUGUUAGUAAAAGUAGGGGAAUAUAUUUUGCACAGAUGUAGAGAUCAUGACUUUCCACAUGUUUUGAAAGGUCCAAGCAAGAAGGGAAAGAAAUCUUAGCAAUAUGGAAUUAUACUAAUCAGUAAUCAUGGAGUUUAAAAAUAUUGCUACACACACACACACACACACA